UGCCAACAAUAAUGUGACCAACAGCAUACCAUUACCCAAUUACAGAGCUGCAGCUCUGCACUGCACACGGAUAUGCAGGACAAAUGCACUUGCAGUCAUUAUUCACUGUAUGGCCGCCAUCUGCUGUACAAUAUAUGCCUUGCAUGAUGCAUCGGCAUUGCAAUAGUUUUGUGAGAAAUUGUAAUAGAGAGAGAGACACAAACAGAGUGUGUGUGAGUGAGUGAGUGAGUGAGUGUGUGUGUGUGAAUGAGUGAGUGAGUGAGUGAUUGAGUGUGUGUGUGUGUGAAUGAGGGAGUGAGUGAGUGUGUGUGUGUGUGUGUGUGUGUUUGUUUGUGAAUGAGUGAGUGAGUGAGUGAGUGAGUGAGUGUGUGUGUGUGUGUGUGUGAAUGAGGGAGUGAGUGAGUGUGUGUGUGUGUGAAUGAGUGAGUGAGUGUGAGUGUGUGUGUGUGUGUGUGUGUGUGUGUGUGUGUGUGUGAAUGAGUGUGAGUGAGUAAGUGAGAGAGAGAGAGACACACACACAAACAGAGUGUGAGUGAGUGAGUGUGUGUGUGAAUGAGUGUGAGUAAGUGAGAGAGAGAGACACACAAACAGAGUGUGUGUGAGUGAGUGUGUGUGUGAAUGAGUGUGAGUGAGUGAGUAAGUGAGAUAGAGAGAGACACAAACAGUGUGAGUGAGUGAGUGAGUGUGUGUGUGUGAAUGAGUGUGAGUGAGUAGUGAGAGAGAGAGAGAGAUACACAAACAGAGUGUGAGUGAGUGAGUGAGUGAGUGAGUGUGUGUGUGUGUGAAUGAGUGUGAGUGAGUAAGUGAGAGAGAGAGAGAGAGACACAAACAGAGUGUGAGUGAGUGAGUGAAUGAGUGUGUGAGUAAGUGAGAGAGAGAGAGAGACACAAACAGAGUGUGAGUGAGUGAGUGAAUGAGUGUGUGAGUAAGUGAGAGAGAGAGAGAGACACAAACAGAGUGUGAGUGAGUGAGUAAGUGAGAGAGAGAGACACACACACACAAAUAGAGUGUGAGUGUGUGAGUGAGAGAGAGAGAGAGAGAGAGAGAGAGAGAGAGAGAGCGGGAUUUAAACAAUCAAUAAAAUGUAGACAGCUAGGAUUGAAGGACCGGUGCACGGCCAUAUGAAGCAGCAGCACGGGUGUCCGGUGAGUAUUGGACGGAUCUGUCGCGGGUGGGCGGGGCUUAAUGCUGGAAACAGCUGAUACUGAAGAGAGGUAAACAGCUGCUCAUAUAUCUGCAUAUUAACUGAAAGAUUAGAUGGACUCGCUCCUCCCGAAAUUACGUUUAGGAACCUCAUUUGUGCUCUUUAUCUCUCGGUGUUUCGGUUCGGUCAGUGAUUGUAUUUCUGCAGGUCUCGUGCACCGGUGUGAUGGCGACCGCUCGCGCUCCGUUACUUCCGUUAUUCGCCGCAUCUGUCCGUCGUUACUGAAUAUAUAAAAAACAUUAGAUCAGAAACGAGCGACAUGGGGUCGGUUCUCCUCCACUGCUUCACUGUUCUGAUGUUUUUCAGCACCGGGAGUUCUGCUUUACCGAACCGGACCAGCAGCGUCCGUGAUGCGCAAUACGAAACCACCGACAGCAAUAAAGACUCUUUAAGAAUCCGUGAUUUAAACACUAAGUCGAGACCAAAGCUACAGGACAACAACAGUGCUGUGAGACGAUGGCAUGUUUUGGGCCCUGGGCGUGAGAUUGGGCCCCUGUGCGCCUACCGCACUAUGGACACAGGUGACCCCGGGCGACUGUGUUUCCGGUACACCCAGCCAGACUUCAGGUGCCCCGUCGCUUCCUGUCGGCAGGUGAGGUCACCUGAUGGGCUACUUAUGGCAAAUAUCUUGUCCAACGGAAGUGUGUUUAUUCAGUGGACGGUCUCGGACUCCAGAGCGGGGCCCAUGCCCACUGAGGCCCCACAGGGCCCGACCGCCCCACCAGAUAGCCCCUCAGUGGGCGGCUUCAGGCUCAGCUGCUGGUGGAAUGGCAGCUACUCGCAGUUCGAAUGCGCCGGGGUGCAUUUAGGCAGCAGCUGCAGGGAUUAUUUACUCAACGAGCUGCACACCAACGUCCCCUACCGCCUGUGCGUGCGGCCCUACGCCCUUGAGCGCGCCGAAGCCUGCGUGGAGUUCAGCCUCACGCCCGGCGGGAUGCAGGACAUCGUCAUUGCCAUGACAACAGUGGGAGGAGCCAUCUGCGUGAUGCUGGUCAUCAUUUGUCUGUUGGUGGCGUACAUCACCGAGAACGUCAUGAACCCGACGACGCAACACUCGCACAGAUCACACUUACACACACACCUGUGAAACACACGCGCACACACACACCUGCGAAACACAUGCACACACACACCUGUGAAACACACGCACACACACACCUGCGAAACACAUGCACACACACACCUGUGAAACACACGCACACACACACACCAGUGAAACACACACACACCUGUGAAACACAUGCACACACACACCUGCGAAACACAUGCACACACACACCUGUGAAACACACACACACCUGUGAAACACACGCACACACACACACACACACCAGUGAAACACACGCACACACACACACACACACCAGUGAAACACACGCACACAUACACACACACACUUACACACACACCUGUGAAACACACGCACACACACACACACACACCUGUGAAACACACGCACACACACACACACACACCAGUGAAACACACGCACACAUACACA